GGUAGCGGAAUCCUCCGAGGGUCCUCCGCGUUAUUUCGUUUUUCGUCUUCAGCAGCAUGGCAUGUCUUAAGGAACCAGACUCAGAAACAGAAAUCGCCAGACGCGAAGUUUCCAAGAAUUAUCUAGGGUUGUAUAGUCAUUUACCAAAUUGUGUAUCCCACUGGGAACGAUAUCACGUAGAAAACUUUCUUCACAUUUACUAUGAAAAGAAUAGUAGCAAACUGUCGGAUGUUCUCGAGAAAAUCCCCAAAAUAAACAAUUUGAGCAGUCAGCAGAAGAAGUACAUUGAGAUUUUGAAAAACACAAAUUUCGGUCCUAAUAUCGGACUUAAAAGAACAGCUUACGCUCACUCAAAGACCACAGAACUUCUUGAUGAAGCGGUGAAGGAGCUGAAGGCCAGCAUUCCUAUAAUCAACUCAAGUUUGACUUCUGAAAAUGGAUCACUUAUAUAUACCCGAAUGAAGGAUUAUAUCACUGUACUGAGAUGGUUUGUAAAUACAAGUCACCAGAAAUCAAAGACUUAUACUGUAUAUGCUAAAAGCCUUUUCAAGACUCCUUUUAUUUCUGAAGAAACAUACACCAGAAUUGUAUCAGCAUUUGCAGCCAUGUGUGGAUUACGAAUUGAAAAUGGUACUGCAGAUAAUCCGGCUGUAUGGGAUAAUUUGAGAGGAAUUGGUAAAUUAGUUAUCUCAAAGCCAGACUUUAGAUUUCAUUGUACAGGAGAAGACUUUUCUGAUGUUCAUAGUAAUUUAUUUACUGUUAUAAAGGUAAAGAAUAAAGGCCAGUAUGCAGAAGAAGAAAAAUUGAAAAGGAAACAACAGGAGGAUUCAGAAAAGAGAGCAAAAAGGAGACGUUAUACUGUCUCAUCUUCCUCUUCCUCUACACCAACUUCACCAACUGAGUCUGAUGAACAUAGGUGCUAUUCUGAGGCACUGAAACAAAACCCACUCCAAACUGAAAAAAGUUUCAAACCUAGGAUAGAGAUAGAUGUUGGGAUGCAUACCUUAGGACAGCAUGCUGGAGAACUCUUGCUAGAUCUGCACAACUACAUGGAACGACAUUCAGAUGUAAAAAAUGAAAAACCAUCAACACUAACUAUGCCUGGAAUGAUUAUUGAUAAAACAAUGGUGUACAUUACUCUUCUAGAAAUGUCCUAUCAGCAUUAUGAAAAACUUGCUCGGGCUGAACAGCUGACAAGUGAAGACAGAGCUACCAUAUAUUAUUCAGCACCUCAUAGUAUUUUUGACAAGGAGGAUAGUUUCAUUUUAUUCAAUACUAUGGUAUACCUGAAUAACAUAAAAUCAAUUAUGAAAUGGGAUAAAUCAACAUAAUGUUGCUGUUGAUGGUGGCAGUAGGCCAGAAUUUCUUUUCAACUGUCCUACUUCCCCUGAAAAAAAAAGGUCCAUCCCUUAAAAAAUAUUGAAAUUUCAUGUCAACAGCUAUUUUUAUGCCUCAACUACAUAUAUGUUCCUGCUGAUGAUUUUGAAAUCUUUAAUGGGCCUUCAGGGUUUAAGCUUAUUUGAUAUAUCAACAGAGAGACGGAUUUAUGGAGUUUUAAAUAUCAUACUUAUAAGAGCCCCACAUCUUGGAUGUUGUUACCUGAUUGUUUUCACUUUUGUCAGUCUAUUUGUCCAUCUGUCAACAGUUUUUGUGAGCAUACAAUCUCCAUAACUAUAAAAAGAGUGAACUGAAAUUUUGUACAUUCAGUAAUUACCAUGUAAAGAUAUGCAUUAUAAGAUUUGGUAAAAAUAAAUAAUUACUUUUCCCCCAAAAUUUUUAUACGGCCGCCAAAAAAUUUGCGGUCAUUUAUUGCUAUCACGUCUUCAACGUCGUCGUCGACCAAAGACAUUUCGUUUUCAGACAAUAACUUUAGUAUUAAUAAAUAGAAAUCUAUGAAAUUUAAACAUAAGGUUUAUAACCACAAAAGGAAGGUUGGGAUUGAUUUUAGGGGUUAUGGUCCCAACAGUUUAGGAAUUAGGGGCCAAAAGAGGGCCCAAAUAAGCAUUUUUCUAGUUUCAUGACAAUAACUUGUGGAACAGUGUAUGGAUCUCUCUGAAAUUAUACCACAAGUUUCCAUACCACAAAGGGAUGUUUAGGAUUGGCUUUGGGGGGUUAUGGCUCAAACCGUUUUUUUUUUUUAAAUUCACAAAUUUUGAGUAUCAAUAUUGGUGUGCAAAAUUUACAAAUAUACAAAUGGGGAACUGAAAAUUUUGUACAUUUAUGAAUUACUUAUAAAGAUAUUUAUAUUAAAUUUUGGCAGAAUUGAAAAAAAAAUAAUGAAGUCUUUUUGAGCGCCAUGCCACAAUAAGUGGCUGAUGCUCUAUAGUGAUCAGUUUGUCAAUGUGUUUUUGGUUAUUAUCAUGAAUAUUAUUGAAGAUAAAGAUAAACUGUGAACAGAAAAAAUGAAAAAAGUUACUAUGAACAAAAUUGUCAAUUGACCCCUUAAGGAGUUAUUGCCCUUUAAAGACAAUUUUCCACAAUUUGUUCAUCAUGUUUGUUUACUUUAAAAACUCUUCUUCUCUGAAACUACUGAACCAAUUGAAGCCAAACUUAUAUUGAAUGAUCCUAAGGAUAUCUUGUAUAAAGUUUGUGUUUUAUUAAGAGUUUCAUAAAAAAAAAACAUGGCUGCCAUGGCUAGAAAUAGAACAUAAGAGUAAAAUGCAGUUUUUGGCUUAUAUCUCAAAAACUAAAGCAUUUAGAGCAAAUCUGACGGAAGUAAAAGUGUUCAUUAGGUCAAGACCUACCUGCCAUGAAAUUUUCAGACAAGUCGGACAACCGAUUUUUUGGUUGCUGCCACUAAAUUUGUUAUUUUAAGAAAAUUUUGCAGUUUUUGGUUAUCAUGAAUAUUAUUAGUCCCCUACCAACAAAGUCGAGGGGACUUUAGAUUUGCACUCCGUCUGUCUAUCCGUCUGUUCGUCUGUCCAUUCGUCAGUCAGGCAAAUCAGUUUUCCACACUUUUUUCAUUCGUUCUUGUAGAUAUUGAUUUGAUAUUUGGUAUAUAGUUUUAUCAUGACAAGUUAUAGAUCAAGUUCGAAUUUGGUUCUCGUCUGAUGAUUUAGUCCAGAGUUAUCAUGGUCCAUAUCUAAUGUUUAAAUACUACAUUUUGUAUGUUAAACCAUAUUUCUGUACAAAGGGAGAUAACUCAUUUUUUAAAAGACAUUUUUUGGUAAAUUGUUUCUUUGAUAAUUUGUAUAAACUAAUUUUAUGAAUGUUUUUAUAUAUGUAAAAUUUGUUUAUGAAGUGAAAUUCUUUAAUUAGAUAAUAAUCUAUUUUUA